AGAGUCGCCGGAGAGCGGAGCCGCGCAGGCAGCCCCGAUGCCGCGAGCCACGGGGGGACUUGCACGCGCGCUGCAAAGCCCGAGAGAGGGGCAAAGCCAAAGGCCGAGCGGCGCUCGCAGGGUCCGGAGGGGAGAGGCCGGCAGCCGGGGGAUUACAUUGGAGGGACUCGGUCGGGGAAGCCAGGGGCACUUGGCGCAAGGAGGGAACGGGAAUGGGAAGAGCCAGAGCGCCGGGAUCCCAGCUCUGACGACGAGGGUCCUCACGGAGGGAGCUGCAAAGGGGAAGCCCCUGCCACGGAGGGGAAGCAAAAAGGAGCCUGCCGCGAGCGCAGCCUCGAGGAGGCGAAACCUCGGCCGGCUGGGGAAAGCUUCGCGAAGGGGAGAAGAUCAAAGAGUUUGCAGAACAAAGAGCGGCUCAUCCUCGGUUGCAAAGCCGGGGGAGCGAGCCCAGCCCACCCCACCGUGAGAGGCAAGCGGGAGCCCGGCAAGGGACCAGAGGGGAGAGGUUUGCAGCAGAGGUAGCCUGGGACAUGCAGCAUCCGGGAGGAGAGAAGCGACUGGCUGAGCCCAAGAGGUGGAAACAUUUGGAGGGAAACAGAGGAAAGUUUUGUAUUGUCAGCAGCCGCCGCCUCCAGUUUGGGGCUGGGGGGGCCGGAGCGCGUGGAGCCGUCUGAUGCUGCGCCCCUUUGAUCUGCGAGGAGGGACUUUAUUUGUCCUGAUGCAAAAGGAGCAUUUUCCCAGCUAAAGGGGAAAAAAAGGGGGGGAGCCUCUGCCUUGGGAUAAACGAGCACCGGGCUCUGGAACCGCCUGAGGAAAAUCACCAGCCCAAGUGACUCGGGGGGGGGUGGGGUGGGGGGGCAGAGAAGAGGAGGAAAAGAAAUCAGAGUGCAAAAAGGAUUAGAAAAGGGGGUGGGGGAGGUGAAGCCCUCUCCCUCGGUUCUUCCUUUCUUCUUUCCCCCUGCAAAUCUUUUCAGAGUUAUCCUUCAGCAUCAGUGGCCCAGGCACCGGAGCCCAGGAAGGGCAGCUAAAUGCAAACGUGAUCAGCAAACUGCAAGAGAGAUCAGAGGGCCAACCCCCGCCAGAGGAGAGUCCCCGGGAAGCCAGGGCUCAGGGGACUGUCAAUAAUCUCUCUCCCACACUCUGAGCGGCUCUGGGCCCUGCCGGGGACACAACAAUACAGGAGCAGAAGGCUGGAAAGAGGAUUGCAGUUUUCAUCUGCACUUUUUGAUCCUCCCUCUCCUACUCCUUCAGGGACUGAUUUUGUAACAUUAGCAGGCUGGAUUCGGGGUGGGGGGGGUGCCUGGCUGCUUGCCUUGUCUGUGCGUGGAGAGGUGGGUUAGGGGGAGGGCGGAGGAAGAGAUGUCUGGGAUCAGAGGGAAAGUUGUGCUUAUCCUAGGCUUCGUCUUCCUGACAACUCUUCUGGCGGUGGUGAGAGGGCUUCCCCUGAGGAAACAACGCGCCAGCAGCCCCAGGGAGCGGAGUCACAAGCUGAUGGAGGUCUCCACUUCAUCUGACACCCGUUUGACGCAGGAAGAGGAAAUGCCACAGUCCAACAAGGUUCGGAGCCUGAGGCGAAGCGGCCAGGCUGCACCUCGCCGGCACAAACGCCGAUGGUCAUCCCAGCGGGCUGCGAGGAACCAGCCAGUGCCACUCUGGCCUGGUGGCGCUAUCAAGGAGGAGAGCACACCCUUUGUGCUGGAUUUACAGAACCUGCCAGGGUUGGCCAACGUUGACCUGAGUGCCCAGAACCCAAACAUACAGGUAACCAUCGAGGUGGUGGAUGAUCCCCAGGCUGAGAUAGAGAUGGAUUUGCUGAAGGAGACCAGCAAUGACUGGUCCCUGACCUCCUCUGAGUGGUUGUCCCACAAGGACCUCUUCUGGCCCCUCUUCUGGGAGUAUACAGAUCCCACUGAGGAAGAGGAGGAGGACGAGGAUGACAGCUUGGACAGAGAGGAGGAGGAGGAGGAAGAUUAUACAGCAGAAUAUGAGGAAGAGGAGGAGACAGUGCUGAGCGGAGUGGGAGGCGACUGGGACCAGAGGUGGCCGAGUCAGAAGAACUGGAUCUUCAAGGAAAAAUAUAAUUAUGACUAUGAAGAUGAAGAGGAGUGGAGCUCUUGGUCCCCCUGCAGCGUGACCUGUGGUAGCGGCAACCAGAAAAGAACCCGGUCCUGUGGCUAUGCCUGCACAGCCACCGAGUCGAGAACCUGCGACCUGUAUCGCUGCCCUGGAGCAGAUGGGGAGAUGGUCUUCACCACUGAUGAGACGCCGUUUGAGGGUGAGAACACCACAGAGAUGUUCAGCUCAGAUGUGGACAGCUGUGAGAAGUGGCUGAACUGCAGGAGCGACUUCCUCACCAAGUAUCUGAGCAAGGUGCUGACGGAUUUGCCCAGCUGCCCCUGCUCCUACCCAUUGGAGGCUGUUUACAGCGCUGUGAAUCUGCGGGACGAGGGCCAGGGCAAGAACUUCCGCUGGCGGGAUGCCAGUGGGCCCAAGGAGCGGUUGGACAUCUACAAGCCCACGGCCCGCUUCUGCCUGCGCUCCAUGCUCUCCUUGGACAGCACCACGCUGGCCGCCCAGCACUGCUGCUACGACGAGCACACAAAGCUCAUCACCCGGGGCAAGGGGGCUGGCGCCCCCAACCUCAUCAGCACGGAGUUCUCCCCGGAGCUGCACUACAAGGUGGACAUGCUGCCUUGGAUUCUGUGCAAGGGGGACUGGAGCCGGUACCAUGCUGUUCGGCCCCCCAACAAUGGGCAGCAGUGCGCUGAUAACCCCACUGAGGAGGAGUACCUCUCCCAGCUACAGGAGGCCAAGGAGUACUAGCAGAGCUUGGCUGAGUGAUGGGGGAGCAGGAUGUGGCAGGUCUACCACGUAACACUCCAGGAGCACCAGAGGGCCUGUCUCUCUCUCCACUGCAGUGAGGGCCCGCAGGCCACAGAGGCUCUGGAGUCGUCCCCUGCUUGUCACUCCCUUGGAAACAAAGCAGUCCGGGGGAGAGGCAGAGCGCUUGGCCUUACACGCAAGCUCCCUGUCGGUGCCAACCACAGGGAUUGGUUUUAAAUCUAUCUUUUCACAGUGGCAUCCCAGUUCCUUUCCAUUUUCCAAGGGGCCCAGGUGAUCCUUGCUGCCUGAUUGGUCCCAGGGGUGCUGUUCUCACUCCAGCUACUUCUCUGUGGAUAGCACAGGAUCCAUGCGGGUGACAGCUAGAGGCAAUGGAAAGCAGCGGCCUCUGAGGGUGGGGGUGCAUAAAGGGAAAGGGCACAGCUCCUGUUACUUUUCUAUGAAGUGUUAAUUGCAGUCUCACAAGGAGCUCAGGGGUUUAUGGUAAAACAUUCUUGGCUUCUGUUUGCUUCGUGUUGCAGCUGGGCUGGUGGAGUUUAAUACACCAAUCAAAACUUGCUGUUAAGGCAAAGAGUUAGCAGCUUUAUCAGAGACAUCCGAUCAGGCAACUGUAUAAACGCCUGCCUUAGCAGGUCCUGGGUCUCCUCUAAAACCUGGGGAUGGAUCCUCCCAGGAGAGGGCUCCUCGUGAGGAGUACAGGGUGAGGUCUCCCCUGGAUCUUACAGUCCAGACUUGGAAAGAAAAAGACUGGGAAAGGCCCACGUGGUGUUCCCUUGGCUCUUGUGGCUGGGGAAUGGGGUAGUGAUGCUGGUGCUGGGAGCUAUGUGAAAACAUGCCCUCUUCACAGAGCUAUUGAGAAUAAUAAGGUACACCUGCUGCCAGGGCCAGGGGCAAAUAGGGACAAACAAGAUCUGGUCUCCACCCAGAGGGGAAGGAAAAGGAAAUGAUCCAAUAUCUGUGUUUAACACCUUGUCCUCACUUCAAAGGGAAUGGGAUGGGGGGAUUGGUAGAAGUCGCAUCAGCAGCCUAUACAGACACCUGGAUCUCCCUGGCAGGUCAGCUCUCCUGGUGCGUUGCAGUGUUGAGGAGUGUCUUUCCAUCAGAUGGUACCCACCCACUCUCUUCCCCAGCUCUGCAGAGUGUGGGAGGCAGUCCUGCUGUUUGUGUCUUCACAACGAUGUGCAGAAAGCACCCAAGUCAGAGGGAUCUCUCUGCAAGCCCAGACCCUGCCAGGGUGACCAGCUGUGACCAGGGCUUUUGCCCCUGGGGCUGACCACUGGUUUUGACACUGUAAGACCAUGUGGAGAUGGGAGCUAGACUCCUGCAUGUGGAUGCUUGCACCAUUGCUGGGUUUUUCCCCUGGAGAGGCUGCAGCCUUAGCCAGUGUAUCUCCAUUGUCCCCGCCCCACCCUGCGCUGGGGGAGAGCGAGUGUGAUGAACUAGGCCACUCCCUGCAACUUGGCAUCUGGUUAGAAAGAGCAGAUUGGCAUCCGCUCUGUUUCUCUCUGGGCACCUUCAGGGCCAGGUCCUCUCUCCCUCUCUCCCCAUUGUCCCCAGUUAUCUACUAGUCCAUUCCCCUGCGUUCCUGCCUGCCCAGCCAUCUCCCGAGCUUUAUCCCUUUCUUCUAGUAGCAAUAGGGAGUGGAGAAUGUCUGGAAGAGCAGCAGCUGCUGAGUGGGAGACGCUGGUGUCCUGGAUAGUCACUCCCCGCCCUUGCCCUCAGCAUGUUUUCAUUUCCAGGCUCUUGGGGUAUGGUCAUUGAUUCCAAUCCAAGGUUCCCAUCCUACUGGGGCGAGAAGCAACAUAGGACCCAGCCAAAGGUGCAUGCUUCACCCUCCUGUCACCUCGAUUAAGAACUCGCCGACCAGGGCCCACAAGCCUCUCAUGGACCUCUCUGCUGCUGGGGAUGUUCUCUUGUGGCUGAAGCCCAUCCUGUGGCCAGUUCCUGUGGAUUAUUUGAGGGAGCUGCGGUAUGACCCAUCCCCUUAAGGUUCUUGUGCCUUGCCCACUGCUGGCUGACAAGUGCAUGGUGUGCUGGGUAAUAGCAAUAGCAACAUCUAGUGGCCCCCCAGGGAAAUGGCAAAUGUCAUUCCUCGGGAGAGCCCCAGGCCCAGCAUCUUACGAGGGGUUUGGGGUCCAAAUAGGUGAUGGGAAUAAACCACUCACCACUGGGGGGCAGAAAUGUCACCUCCUUCCCAAAUGAUAUCUUCUGCCCAACCCCACCUCAUUAGGGAACCAGCAAGUAUGGCUCAUAUAUGCUCUGUCCCUCUGCUUCAGGCUCACUGCUCUGCCUAGGCACCCUCUGUCCAUGAGCCGUAGGGCUCGUGAGUCCUGUUUCAAUCCAUUCCUGCCCAGGAUCUACUCUAGGAGUGAGUAUAGUGGGGUGAACCAUACGCUGGUAGGUCCCAAGAGCUGUGCCACCCACCUCCUUAAAACUAUAAAAAAAUACACAGACACAAAUUGGACAAGGUAACAUCAGGGACAAGGUGAGACGUUCAUCUCCUAUGACAAAGGAACCGUGUCAAGUGGUUUAAUCCCCAAAUCUGACCCAAGUAGCUGGGGAGGAAAGACCUCCAAAUGCUCAGUACUUUAUUUUCUCCGUCCAACAUAUUCCCCACUGCCGAGAAUUGAAGGAACUCUGUUUUCCUGACCCUAAAGCUGUCACAGAGAGUCUACCCAGUAGGAGUGCAGGGUAAUUACUUGCCCUACAUCCAGAGUGGUGUCAUUUACAAUGGUGGCAAUCUGACAGCAAGACAGAAGUGUAAGGAGGCAGAGCUGGCUUGUCCAAACUCAGCUGACUGCAGGCCAGGGAGAACUGGGAUUUGACUAAUGCAAAAUGGAUACAAAGUAGGAGGAAAUGCACAGAAUAAUUGUUUCUUUAGCUCAUAGUCUGCUGCUCUCAUUGACCCCCAUUGCAUGGGUGCCAUCCUAGUGGUUAUCUUGGGUGUCUCCAGAAUGCCUACUCACAUGGCUUGGUGCCUUGCCCUGGUUUUCCAGCUCUCCCCAGGUCCAUGUUGGCCUAUGGUAGCUUCCAGCACCCAACAUUCCCAUGGUUUUGACCAAGAGCCAAGACUCAAAUGUCUCUUCUGCUGCCUCCCUCGGGGUCUUUAUUUCUGGGCACCCAGCAGCUUAACCCAACAGGCAGCAGUUCAGAUCAUUCUGAAUAAAACAACAUUUAUCUGGCAGAGGAAAUAAAGAGAAAAUCAAGGGAAUCUGACAAAGAAUAGGAUCAUGGCCACUCUAAGAUUCCAACAAGCACAGCUGGUUAAUCAGACUUUGCUGCAGAAUAUCGAUCAGUCAGGAUAAAACCCUUCAUUAGCAGAAGGUCUGUAUAGCUGAUCACUGUGCAUUGUUUCUCUCAUUGUCCCAGUAUCUUUCUCCAGGGUCAGGGAGCACCCAGUCUGUCAGCUCUCUCUCUCUGACCCUUCUUGUAAUCGUUGAACCUUUCACUUCUGGACCAUUGUGUUCAGGUCAUCAGUCACCACGUGGGACGCUGUCACUAGUGAAACACAAACCAGUGGAUUUGCCAAGCUGCCACAUAUUGGAUUAUUAUUGUUUAAUAAUUAUAGUUCCUUGAUAUGCACAGACCACAAUUAGCAUGGGAGCCCCAUUGUGAUGAGCAAACUGCAGACCUAUAUCCAGACCUGCCUCAGAGAACUUACAGGCUACGCUGACAAGUGACAUAUGAAAGGUGGGGUGAGAGCUAGAGACAAAAAGACAUUAACGGUAGAUAAACGAAGGGCCAGCUAUAUUCUCCCUGUCCUUUAAACCAUCGCUUGUUGGCUGGUCUCUUAUCGACUUUGUGACAGAAGUGGGUCGUAAGGAGGUGAGGGCAGUGGUCAGUGGAUCAGUUCUGGGACAGCAUUCUAUGUGUAAGGGGCAGCAUGGAAGAAGACUUGGAGACAUUUGUGUGUGAAGCAGAUGAAUGGGCGGGUGAGGCUGUCAGUCAUUGGUGAAAGGAAAAGUACAUUAUCCCUUGUCAUUCACCAGUCUCUCUUCUUAUUGCCUCUUGCACGUCAAAUGCCAUUGGCCCACUUCAGAGGACUCUUGAUCUAAUGUAAUGGGAGGAAUCUUUUUAGCAUCAGUACACAGUCUAUCUGCUUCUUAAAAACAUGUCCUUUUAAACCUUGCUACCUUUCAAAAAGGUACACAUCCUCCUAGGCAGGGUCUUCGCAUACAUCCCUUCUGAGAUGAGGGCUUCGGGAUGUUCUCCAGCUUCUUCCCUAGGCUAAGAUGCCACUGAAUAAGUGACCUCCUUAUAGUAAGGUCCGUUGCAUGUUAAUAACAUCCUUACUCAUGGUUAGUCUGAAUUUAUCAACCUGCAUAAUCCCAGAAAUGAUUCCUGUAACACACACAUUUCCUAUCAGGGGGCUGGUGGGAACUUUCACAGGAAGGGAUUGCUGUUGAAACCUCCUGGGAUGCUGAGUUGCUAUUCUGCCUCCCUGGUUGAGGACUUCAGGAAACAUAGACAAGAAUAGAAAUACGAGGGGCAAGAAGCAGUGCUGCUCCUCACGCAAGCACCUUACCCACCCAGGAAGCUUUAUUGAGCUACGCUAGGAAGAGCAGAUGUUUGGACAAAGGUUUAUUUUUAUAUCCUAAUAAACAGAUUGUUGAGCCACAAUUAUUAGAGUUCUUUGUCUCCACCUCCCUUAAUUAUAUUGUUUAUAUAUAUAAUAUAUAUAUAUUUCUUUUACUCCUACCAAAUUGCAUAAAGGGGGAUUCUCCUGCAUUCUGACUUGCAAUAAAGCACUUUAUUUAAAAUGUAUGUGUUGUUACUGAUAUUGUUCAGUUGUGUUAAGUUGUAUAUUGCUGAGUGGGUUAGUUACAUUUUAAACAGAAAUGGUGUUGAGUGCUGCAUAGUUUGGGUCCCUGUUCACAGCCGGAUUGUAAGGAGCCAGACACAUUUGCUGACUUUCUUCUCACUCUAUUGUUUGUGUUUGAUAGGGAUGGGCGAACCUCAAAUAGCUCAGAGCCGAGACACAACCACAUGGUUCAGAUGCUGCUGUGAACCUUGUAGGCUGCAAAUUCCAGGUGCUCACCGUCUCCUGGAGGAAGCCCACAGCAGCCUUUCCUGUGGCAUUUUUGGCACUCCUGUGCCCAGCAGAAAUGGGAGAGAAGAGAGGGUGUGGAAACCAGGAUGCCUUUAGUUGCUUUCUAAAUACGACUGGAAUUUUCAAAACUCAAAGGCUUGUGUUGGGAGGGGCAGGGGAGGAAGGAUCAAGGCAGGUUUUCAUUUGAGCUGGUUCGUCCAUCCCUAGCAUGGUAAUGUUUGGUUCCCUUGUACAGUAUUUAUUGUUUGUGGUGGUCGCAGUCGCUUAAGAAAUGGGAAAGUAAUGCUGGUGGAUGGGGCUGCACUGUGGAGCUGUGUUGUGUAUCUGAACUGAGAGCAGAGGCUUUACCGAAAGAGAAGCAAUAGUGCCAGACGUCUCUUACCAAUAAAAUUUAUUGUUAUUACAA